UUUCAUUUGCGUUAAUCAACCGAACUGUUUGUAGUCCAUUUUCGCUUCUUCAACCACCACUCGAAAAGCCACUGCAGUACUACACAAAGCGGGCUGCCAGGAUGUUCGGUUUUCUUGUCGCCUUUCAAAUCAUUGGCUUUGUCGUGGCGUCCUCCCUUACUGACACAUGUUAUUUCGAUCCUCUCCCUUCUAUACCACCCUCCACUGACAACCGUACCAUACCAUGGGGCGAUCCAACCAUACAAUACGCAAAUGGCACGACAUGUUGUUCUUCGCUGGACGAAGUUCGAGGACAGCUAAAUACCAUUGAUGCACAGCUCAUACAGCUCCUGUCGACUAGAACCUCGUACGUGAGAGAAGCAACCCGCUUCAAGGCCACAAUUGCAGCUGUCAACGAUCCGUCUCGGAAUCAGCAGGUGAUACAGGGGGCUGUCGAUGCUGCUCCAUCGGUGCAUUUACCACAAAUUGUCGCUAAGAAGGUGUACGAGGCUAUUAUAAAUUCCAGUGUACUCUUCGAGGAAUGUAUAUUUGACACUUAUGUCGAUGACUGUAAUUAGCAUCGCGACGCUGCUGGAAUAGGCUGUCAGAAAAUAAAACUUUUCACUUGUGCAAGCGAUCUA